GCUCCAGGUCUGCCUUGCAAAUCAACUGUGCAAGCCAAACCAAAGCUCUACGUGAACUGGGAUACACCAGAGUGCAAAAUGGGCCCUUUACGAAGAGGAAGCCUGAUGGGGCAGCUCAGCUCAGCAACAGCCGGUUCAUUUCCCAAACAUGUGAAAAUAGUUGAAGUUGGCCCCAGGGAUGGCUUACAGAAUGAAAAGAACGUCGUGCCGACCCAAGUGAAAAUCGAUUUAAUUAACAUGCUGUCCGAAACAGGCCUUUCAGUCAUAGAAGCUACCAGUUUCGUGUCUCCCAAAUGGGUUCCUCAGAUGGCUGACCACACUGAAGUCAUGCAAGGCAUUCGUAAGGCUCCUGAUAUCAGCUAUCCUGUUCUGACCCCCAACCUCAAGGGCUUCCAAGCAGCGGUGGCAGCAGGCGCCAAGGAGGUGUCCAUCUUUGGGGCGGCUUCAGAGCUUUUCACAAAGAAAAACAUCAACUGUUCCAUAGAGGAAAGUUUGGAGCGAUUUAGCGACGUGCUGAGUGCAGCGAAAGAAGCUGGCAUCCCGGUCCGAGGAUAUGUCUCCUGCGUCCUUGGCUGCCCUUACGAAGGGAAGAUCUCGCCCGCUAAAGUAGCAGAAGUAUCAAAGAAAAUGUACGCAAUGGGAUGCUAUGAGAUUUCCCUGGGCGAUACCAUUGGCGUGGGGACUCCCGGCAGCAUGAAGGAGAUGCUCUCUGCCGUCAUGAAAGAGGUGCCUGUCGGGGCCCUUGCCGUUCAUUGCCACGACACUUACGGGCAGGCUCUGGCCAACACGCUGGUAGCCCUUCAGAUGGGUGUGAGUGUGGUCGAUUCCUCAGUGGCUGGCCUGGGAGGCUGCCCCUAUGCGCAAGGAGCAUCUGGGAAUGUGGCGACGGAGGACAUGGUGUAUAUGCUGGACGGCCUUGGUAUUCACACAGGUGUGGAAUUGUCGAAGCUCCUCGAAGCAGGUGCAUUCAUCUGCCGGGCGCUGAACAGGAGGACAUGUUCGAAAGUGGCACAGGCCUCCUGCAAAUUAUGAAGUGGAUCGCUGCCUCUACAGGACUCGUUGGGAGCAAAAACUGCAGUGGCGAUGUGGAACCUGCCACACUUGUGCUCCUCAAAUUUUAUUUAAGCACUCUCUCCAGUGGCCUUGGGACUAGGAAGCCAGAUGUUCGGACAGCCAAACUUUACUGUGAAAAGAAACGUUAAAAAUAAUCAAGAGCGCUGCAUUCGCAUCCAAUGGAUUCUUUGGACGUCUUUGAAGAUCAUUCUUUUUCUGCUGGCCGCGGCUUGCCUCAAGGGAGCACAUUUAUUGCUGGAAAGCAGUAUUGAGCUCUGCAGUUUCUUUUGGAGUGUGCCUAUCGCUCUUUCUCUCCACGCCCUGAAGUAGCAACUGUUUUUGCCUUUUAUCUAUUGCUGGGUGAACCAGCUCAUAGAAAUGAAGCAAUUAAACAUAUUAUUGUGACUUUCUAAAGAAAGCAACCACUAAGGGCAGAAUGCUAUGCAUGCUUAGACAGAAGUACUACAAUUCCCAGCAUUCCCAGCUGGGAGCCCUAGGACUUUUUUCUGUCUAGACAUGCAUAGGAUUGCGCCCCAAAUCUUCUUGGGCCUCAGAGGGUUGACUUUUCCUUGCUGUGUUCCAGACACACUCUGCACGUGGGCCAAGAAGAGUGUGCUCCUUUCACACUCCUUCCUCUGCUCUGUUCUUCUCAUCACCACCAUUUUCAAGGGCUGGUGAGGAGACCCCCUUCUGCAGCAUUCUGAGGAAGCAGCCUUGAAUAAUCAGGGGCUCUUUCCAUGCCUUAGUUUCACCUCUGCACACAGCCCUGAGGUCAUGUAUCUGUUGUACAUAAAAGGAAAUGGGGAAAGUGAAUGUACUGCAGCCACAGCUGUACCUGGAAAAAGUGGUGGUUCGUUCGUAGCUGAACACCCACCCCGGAUUGUUUGCGUCUGUCUUUUGAAUCAACAAUAAAAGUGAUCUCACGUUAA